UCUUUGAUAGUGGCAGGUCACGUCAAAAUACCCGAUCACCAUUGAAAAGACUGGCAGAAAAACCCGUCGUCGACCAUCUUUGUUAGUGUCGAAUGCUGAUAAUUACAUUUCAGGGGAACCUCGUCGGCCAUCUUUGUUAGUGACGGCAGUUAUCCAUCAGCACGGCCCCAAAGGGAGGAAGCACGUCCGCCAUCUUUGUUAGUGGCAGAGAAUACCUAGAAAAGUCUGCGUCUUCCCCAUCUUUUUACAAACGACAUAAAUAACAUAAAUCGUCGCCACUGAAAAGCCGUGACACGAAUGUUUGCGACGUUCGUGCUGAAGGGGUGUGGACAAAGGUCAUUUGUGUUGUGCUGCCGGGCUAAAGGUCAGAGGUCUCGGCUGUUGCCAAGUGGAGAUGGAGCAGGAAAGAAUUGAAGUGCCUCCAAAGCAUCCUGAUGACCUUCCGUUGUCCAUCUUGGAAGUGGGCUGCUCUGGGAAGUUUGAGUUGAUUACAGAGCCUGCGAAAAAGAACGGGUACAUCUUUCCCUUAGCGACACUUCCACAUGGCCUACCACCAUUCGCCUUGGACCUCAUCACUGAGGCAGAGCAACGCUUUCUGUCUGACCCGUCGUUGCUGCCCCUCCAUCAUUUUGAAAACUCCCAGAAGGUCUGGCCAAGAGAGGUAUGCGUGGAUUCUCUGUAUCACGUCGAUAUCACCCCUGUUCAUUCAACGCUGAAAGUGGAGAGGAACCAGACCACGGGCGAGUUGCUGGGCUAUAAAGAGGUACUACUGGAUGAUAUGGGAUUGUCGAUAAAGAACUCCCUUUCUCUGCAGCGACCACCUGGCCCUCCGUCACAAUCUGUAAGAGGCAGUUCCACCAAUUACCCAUUUUGGCCAGGGGGCAUGGAUGAGCCAAGUUUAGAUACAAUUAAGUCAAAGGGAGAAUUUGAGGAAAGCAUUGACUUUGAGAAGGAUUUACUCACUGUGCCUCCAGGAUGGAAAAGAGGAAUGGAUUUCAAAAAAAGAGAGCAUAAAGUGACCUCUGGCUUAUUGAACCUAACAAACCUUAUUGGAACGAUGGACGACUUCAAUCUCGGGGGAUCCAGCGACGAAGAGGAUGAAAAGAAAGCAAAGACAACUGAGACCAAGCGGCCUCUCCACAGAACCAACAGCUUGGAAGAUUUGGUGUUACAGGAGCUGAAGGUCACCCCUCAGCCUGAGCGAAGUGAGCAGAAAGAGGAAGGGUCUGUACCAGAGAAGGAGCAGUGGGCUGUUCCAGUCGAUAUCAGCACCCCUGUGGACGAUUUCUACAAGCGCAUCCCAGAUCCAGCUUUCAAGUGGCCCUUUGAGCCGGACGUCUUUCAGAAACAGGCAAUCCUUCGUCUUGAGACCCAUGAUUCCGUGUUUGUGGCGGCCCACACGUCAGCGGGCAAGACUGUCGUCGCUGAAUACGCUAUCGCACUUUCACAGAAACACCUGACCAGGACCAUCUACACGUCGCCCAUUAAGGCCCUGUCCAACCAGAAAUUCAGGGAUUUCAAAAACACUUUUAAAGAUGUUGGCCUUCUGACUGGAGACGUCCAGUUACAUCCAGAAGCUGCCUGCCUCAUAAUGACGACCGAAAUUCUCAGGUCCAUGUUGUACAAUGGCUCGGACGUUAUUCGUGAUCUUGAAUGGGUGAUAUUUGAUGAGGUCCAUUAUGUCAACGAUGCCGAGAGGGGUGUUGUAUGGGAGGAAGUGCUGAUCAUGCUCCCAGACCAUGUGAAUCUCAUUCUUCUGAGCGCUACAGUUCCCAAUACCCUGGAGUUUGCCGACUGGAUCGGGAGGAUAAAGAAGAAGAAGAUCUAUGUGAUCAGCACCAUGAAGAGGCCGGUGCCUCUGGAGCAUCAUCUGUAUACGGGUAACAGCCAGAAGACUCAGAACGAACUCUUCCUGCUGCUCGACGCUCAGGGGAACUUCCUCACCAAGGCGUACUACGCAGCAGUUGAAGCCAAGAAGGAACGUAGCAGUAAGCACUCACAGUCUUUUGGAGCCAAGCAGCCAGUGUACUAUGGAGGGUCGAGCCAGGAUAAGAGCGUGUGGUUAUCCCUGAUUGACAUGCUGAGGAAGAAAGACAGCCUUCCCAUUGUGGCGUUCACCUUCUCACGGAACCGCUGUGAUGAGAAUGCCAACAUGCUCACCACCGUCGACCUCACCAGCACCGUGGAGAAGAGCGAGAUCCACAUUUUCUUCCAGAAGUGCAUCUCCCGGUUAAAGGGCACGGACAGAGAGCUACCACAGGUCCUUCAGAUGGUGGAGCUUCUGAAGCGAGGAAUUGGUGUCCAUCACAGUGGGAUCCUUCCAAUCCUGAAGGAGGUUAUUGAGAUGCUGUUUACCAGGGGACUUGUAAAGAUUCUCUUUGCAACUGAGACCUUUGCGAUGGGAGUGAACAUGCCAGCCAGAACUGUGGUGUUCGACACAAUCCGCAAACAUGACGGGACAAAUUUUCGAGACCUGACACCAGGUGAAUAUAUUCAGAUGGCUGGGAGGGCAGGAAGGAGAGGACUGGACACAACUGGGAUGGUCAUUAUCCUGUGCAAGUCUGGGGUCCAUGAGAUGGCUGACCUCCACAAGAUGAUGUUGGGAAAGCCGACACUGCUGCAGUCACAGUUCCGUCUAACCUACACCAUGAUCCUGAACCUGCUGCGGGUGGAAGCUCUCCGGGUGGAGGACAUGAUGAAGCGGAGUUUCUCCGAGUUCCACACCAGGAAAGAUGCCAAGAUAUAUGAACAGCAGAUUCAGGAGCUCUCAAAGAAGCUGUCAAGCAUGGAUGAGGUGGAGUGCAUUGGUCAGUUGAGUGACUUAGAGCACUAUUACAAUACAGUGCGGGAACUCCUAUACACGAGGGAUGCUCUGCAGAAGAGCAUCAUGGAAUCCACAAGUGCUGUCAAGACACUGUCUGUCGGUCGAGUCCUGGUGGUUAAAAACCAACGGCACAAGAAUGCCCUGGGAGUGAUCCUGCAGGUUUGCACAGAUUCCAGCAACCGGUCGUUCACCACCCUGGUCCUCUCGGAGUCCAGGCAAGAGGAGACGGGGAAAGACGUUGAGGAAUCACCUGUGGCACCUACUCCUGACUACCUCCUUGCCAAUAAACUCUUCUUUCCUGAAGGACCCUGUGGCCACGUGGUGGAAAAACUGACCGCCAAAGACAUCGGCAGCAUCACUGUUAAAACCCUGCGCAUCAAUGCCGACAAAAUCAUCGAUGACUACAAGAAGAGGCAGAUCCCUCGCUUCAGGAAUGACCCACCUGGCCCUUCAGUCACCACUGCCACUCAGGAGCUCCUGCGGCUGGUUGAGGCCCACCCAGACGGCAUUGCUGGCAUGGACCCCAUCGGUGACCUGCAGCUGAAGGACCUGGACCUGGUCGACAGCUACACCAGGGCGAGGAGACUCGAGGACUCCCUCAGUGCAUUUACCUGCAUCCACAGCCCCAGGUUCUCCACCGAGUACACACGGAUGCACGAGCGGAUGAUGAUCAAAGAUGAGCUGGAGCGACUCCGUUUCCUGGUGUCGGACCGGAGCCUGAUGCUGCUUCCAGAGUAUGAGCAGAGAGUUAAUGUGCUGAAGGCCCUCAAGUAUAUCGACGAGAGCUGUGCUGUGCAACUGAAGGGCCGAGUGGCCUGUGAGAUCAGUAACCACGAGCUGAUUGUGACAGAAAUGGUCUUUGAGAACGUGCUGACAGACCUGCAGCCGGAGGAGAUUGUCGCUCUUCUAUCCUGCCUGGUCUUCCAGCAGAAAACACAGGUGGAGCCUGAACUGAAUGAGGUUCUGCGCAAGGGAAUCGAGCGGAUCCGUGGUGUUGCUGAGAGGAUAGCCACGCUGCAGCGGGAGUGCAGCCUGCGUGAGUCGGUCGAGGAUUACGUGGAGCAAUUUAAGUUUGGCUUGGUGGAAGUAGUGUACGAGUGGGCCCGGGGACUGCCCUUUGCUGAGAUCACCAGGCUCACGGACGUCCAGGAGGGCAUCAUUGUGCGGUGCAUCCAGCGGCUGAACGAGACCUGUCGGGAUGUACGGAACGCCGCCCGCAUCAUCGGGGACCCCACUCUCAACGCCAAGAUGGAGCAGGCCUCGAACCUCAUCAAGAGGGACAUAGUGUUCGCCGCCAGCCUAUACACCCAGUGACAGCCAGCCGGCUCGCACUGGGACCUCGAGUUUCUGCCGCAUCCUCCUGCCGUAUCAAUAAACAACAGCCAAGCAAGAUCCUCUGCCUCCUCGAUCCAACCUCCUCCUGCACCUCUUGCAUUGUUGGGUCAGCAACGCUGCUAUCGUGGGUCAUUGGAAGCCGUGCGCUGGAGGGGCAAGGCGUUUGGAGACUGUUGUUGAACCAGCGUAGCCCUAGCGGAUUUGUACCAGCCAGAUCAGCUGGCAGCCUCAGCGGACUGGGGAGUGCGACACUCCCAAACUGCUGAAGAGGAUAUGGUGGCAGAGAACAGUGUGUGCAUGUCUGUGCAUCUCCGCUCAUGUUCGAGCCCAAAGUGACCAUUUCGUCCAUUUCGAUCUGUGCUGCUCUCGACCGCUGCUUUUGCCAGACUUUGAAAGGUGCGAUUAUAAACACCAAUUUGACUUUGAGCACGAUGCGAACUUUAUAAUACAGGACUUUGAUGUAAUUGCUAAUGAAGGUGCUGAAAGCCAGACAUGGAGGAUUGUGCAGCACAAGAGGAGCCCAUUCUGUGUGUUGUGCCUGUGCCAGCUCCACCCACUCAGCCCCCCUCCCCCGCUCCCUUCCAACUAUUUAUCCAAUUCCUUUUUGAAAGUUGAAAGGGUGGUGCAUUCGUUCCAGUGUGAUCUCUCUUUCUCUCUCUCCCUCCCUCUCUCUCUCUCUUUCUUUCUUUCUUUCUUUCUUUCUUUCUUUCUUUCUUUC